CGGCAAACCGCACCAAAUUAAAACCCCAACCAGAUUUCAGGCCCACUCGCCGGGGACGCCGCCGUAAUCCGCCAUUACGCCGGCGCCUCCGUCUCUUGGCAGUUCGGUGAAAGAUCAACGGAAUGGGGCGCACGUGCAAGUUCUCAUUCCACGUCGCCGUCGUCGCCGCGGCAAUCUUCUACAUCUAUUUCUCCACGGUGUUCGUCUUCAUUGACCGCUGGUUUGGCCUCGGAUCCUCUCCCGGCAUGCUAAACGCCGCCGUUUUCACUUUCAUUGCACUCGUGAGCAUAUCCAGCUACCGCCGCGCCAUUUACACCGAUCCGGGUCGGGUCCCGAGCUCAUUUGUGCCCGAUGUUGAGGACGCCGACACCCCGAUCCACGAGAUCAAGCGCAAAAAUUGUCUGCAGGGUGGUGAUUUGAGGUACUGCCAGAAGUGUUCGCACUAUAAGCCUCCUCGGGCCCAUCAUUGCCGCAUCUGUAAUAGAUGUGUUUUACGAAUGGAUCACCAUUGUGUUUGGAUGAAUAACUGUGUGGGGCACGGAAACUACAAGAUCUUCUUUGUCUUUGUGUUUUAUGCUGUUCUUGCUUGCGUAUACUCCCUGGUAUUGCUUGUUGGAAGUGCGACAGUUGAUUCUCAUCAAGACGCUGAAGACUCUUCCAGAAUAAUACAUGUAAUUUCAGGUUUACUGUUGGUACCCUUGUGUUUGGCGCUAGGAUUUUUCCUCGGGUGGCACUUCUAUCUUAUUUUACAAAACAAGACUACAAUCGAGUACUAUGAAGGUGUAAGAGCGAUGUGGCUUGCCGAGAAAGGAGGCCAGAUCUAUUCACAUCCAUAUGAUAUUGGCACUUUUGAGAAUUUGACAGCAAUUCUGGGUCCAAAAGUUCUGUGCUGGCUUUGCCCCACUUCAGGACAUAUUGGGUCUGGCCUUCGUUUCAAAACCAAAUACGAUGCCAUCAUGGGAUUGUCGACUCCAGAUUGAAGACGAGUCUGUGGCCUCAGAUGAUAUACACUCAAUACUCUGCUGAUGAUGGUAAAGGAUAGUUGCAAAAUUCAAACAUGUAGUAUUAACCAAAAAUAGUCUUGUAGCUGAGGUCAGUAAGCUUUCUCCUGUUCGAGCUGUAGCGUGUUGUAUCAUGUAGGUUUUGUUUCAUGCCCACUUCUCCGCGUUGAGUUGGAAGUUUGAGCUUCCCUCCGGUAAUCUGUAUAGAAGAUUUACAGCAUUCUGAUGUACAAAAAGGCACUUAGCACCCCAGUUGGCCUAUACAAGUAGAGGAGCAGGAAACUGUAAUCAUCUGAUCACCAAACAUUUUUCUUGCAAUACAUGGUUUGUAUAAUUUGAUCUGAUUACAUUUUUA